AUGGGUCUUACUAUCAUGGUAUACAUUCAGCUCAAAAUAUCAGAGGCGCAGCCCAAUUUAUUUCCCGCUAAUCUUCUUCAUAUCAUGAAAGCCUUUGUGGCUGGAAUAGAUAGUUGUGUAGUGGUAUCUGUCGGUGGAAGCAGAAGUUCAGCUCCAAGCCUAUGUGGUGAACACGGUCACUGCAUCAACCAACCAGGAAUAGGAUACAAAUGCCAAUGUCAGCCAGGCUACACUGGAAAAUACUGUCAUGAAAAUAUCAACGAUUGCAAAGUAAACCCUUGUGAAAAUGGUGGUACAUGCGUGGAUAAAGUGAAUGCUUUUCAGUGUAUAUGCAAUGAAGGUUGGGAGGGUGCUUUAUGUAGUAUAAAUACUGAUGACUGUACGCCAAGUCCAUGUCGUAACAACGGCACCUGCAUAGAUGGCGUCGCCGAUUUCGAAUGCGAAUGUAAAAAAUAUUGA